AUGGCCUUUGAUGAGCUCCUGGAUCAAGCUGGAACUCUGGGAAGAUUCCAGAUCCUUCAGAUUGCUUUCUUUCUUGUUGCCAGUGUCAUUGCGUACCCUCAUGUUCUGCUGGAGAACUUCACUGCAGCCACCCCUGAGCAUCGCUGCUGGGUCCCUCUCCUUGACAAUCGCACUGUCUCCCACAAUGACACUGGGAUCCUCAGCCAGGAUGAUCUCCUGAGAGUCUCCAUCCCCCUGGACUCAAACCUGAAGCCAGAGAAGUGUCGUCGCUUCAUCCAUCCCCAGUGGCAGCUCCUUCACCUGAAUGGGACCCUCGCCAAUAUUAGUGAGUCAGACACAGAGCCCUGUGUGGAUGGCUGGGUAUAUGACCAAAGCUCCUUCCUAUCCACCAUUGUGACUAAGUGGGACCUGGUGUGUGAUUAUCAAUCCCAAAAAUCGGUGGUCCAAACCCUCUUUAUGAGUGGGUCGCUGCUGGGAAGCCUGAUAUUUGGCCGUCUUUCAGACAGAUAUGGGCGGAAGCUGAUAUACACAUGGUGUCUCCUCUUGACAGCCAUCCUGGACACCUGUACAGCCUUUGCUCCAAACUUCACCAUCUUCUGCAUCCUACGUUUCUUGGCUGGAUUUCCUGUCAUGAAUGUGUUAGGAAACCCUGUCAUUCUUUCAUCAGAAUGGACAGUGCCCAGAUCUCAACAUAUUGGAGUAACGCUGAUGUUAUGUGCCUAUAGCCUUGGGCAGAUGCUGUUGGGAGGAAUAGCUUUUGCGAUUCGAGACUGGUACACAUUACAGCUGGUUGUGUCUUUACCUUUGUUUGUCUGCUCCUUGCUGUCCAGGUGGCUGGUGGAGUCGGCUCGGUGGCUGAUUACCACCAAUCAGCUAGAAGAGGGCAUGAAGGCGCUUGCAAGAGCAGCACACAUCAAUGGAAAAGAGAAUGCUGAAGAGAUCCUGACAAUUGAGUUUGUGAGAUCCACCGCUCUGGAGGAGCUGGACAAAAUGAGGACAGCGCCAUUAACGUUUCAGAUACUGCGUGCAACCAAACUGCGCAUGAGAAUCCUCUACCUGGGCCUUGUGAGACUGGGAGCCACUGUACCAUUUAUGGGCCUGGUGCUCAACCUCCAGGAAGUGGGGGGCAGUAUCUUCUUGCUACAGGUUAUCUUUGGGGCUGUCACACUCACAGCCAGAUGCUGUAUCAUUUUUAUAACAAAGUAUUUGGAUCGUCGCACCAGUCAGUCCCUGCUUUUCUUCCUGGUAGGACUUUGCAUGCUAAUCAGCACAUUUUUGCCCAAAGAAAUGCAGAUUCCACGUGUGGCUUUAGCCACCCUGGGAAUUGCUGCUGGUUCUUCCAGUAUGGUUUUAUUUUCUGUCAGUGCGAACGAGCUGAUCCCAACUGUAUGCAGGUCAACAUUUGGAGGAAUCAAUAAUCUGUUCUCAAGAAUUGGGGCAGUCCUGGCUCCCCUUAUGAUGACCCUGGUCGUAUAUUCACCUCACCUGCCCUGGAUCAUGUAUGGAGUCUUCCCCAUCCUUUCUGGACUAAUUGUCUUCUGCCUUCCAGAAACCAGGAAUCAGCCAUUUCCCGAAACCAUUCAGGAUGUAGAAAAUUCCUCUAAAGACUCAAGGAAAGUAAAGAAGAAAAAUGAUUCCUAGAAAGUAACACGAUUUUAACAUAUUCUUGAUGAUUGGUCCAAAUAAGGAGAAAAAAAUUCAAUUUGGUCCUAUGUAUAAAUGAAAA